AUGGUGGUGGUGGCACUGAGAGCGGGGAUGGUGGUGGAAAUGGUGAGCGAGCAACUGCGCAGACCCGAAAGUCUCUCAGCCGCGAGUACGUAGCCAAACUGCGAUUCAGUGAGGACUGACUGUUCCCGUUUGCAGUGCAGCUCGAAAUCUCAGGGAGAAACCGCGGUCUUUCGUCCUCUCCUCCUUCUCUCUCUCUCUUUCUCUCUUUCUCUUUCUAUCUCUUUCUCUCUCUCUCUCUCUCUCUCUCUCUCUUUCUCUCUCUUCCUCUCUAUCUUUCGUUCUCUCUGUCUCUCUAUCCCUGAUCCGUUUCACUGUCCCUCCUUGUCCGACCGGCUGUGUUCCAUCGGCGCAACCCCUCCCGCCUUUUGUUUUAGUUUCUCUCGCCGCGGCAAAAGUACGUCCUUAACUUUUUCCAUUCGGCCGUCUAUCCGGACGAGGUCCGAGCGUGUAUGUACGGGACCGUCGUUCGUGAUGCACCAUCGGGCCUGCUCGAAUCUCUUUUUCCAACGGGCAGCAUCAGCAGAGGUAGCAGCAGCGGCAGUAGCGGUAGCAGCCGCCGGCGCCUCGAUUGACGUGCUCCAGAGAGCCUAGGAGCCGGAAAACGGCCUUGUCCUCUGCUCCCAGACGAAUUCCGAGGGUUCCCCGUGAACCGGUCACGUGGCCAGUCAGCGACAGUGAUUCGGGGAGAUCCGUUGGUUUCGUUUCGCGGACCGGUACACAUCUUUCUAUCUCUCCCCUGAUCAGUCUAUCUGUGCCGGACCGGGUGAAACGUGCGUGUGCUAGUUGAUCAUCUCUAUCCCGGCCGACGUCGGACAAACCGCGCCAGCGGGAUCGGACCCGCAGGACUCACUGUACACACACAUACACACACCGGACCCACCACGGCAACCCUUAUGUGUGUGUAAAACCAAAGGUGGCCCACAGGUCGAUGUGCACAACUCCAGGGAAACGUACUGAAACUCCACGUCCGUCGGUGGUAGUUCCAGUCGAGGCGGGGUUCAUAUGGAAUGGCAUCACGUGGACCGUCGCCGACGACGCUGCCAAUCGCGAUAGCGAUGGCCGUCGCGAUGUCAGUGGUGGCGAGCGGUCUCUGUCCGACGCAGUGCCGUUGCGACGACGAGAGCCUGCGCGCGUCCUGCGCUUACGCGGGCCUCGAGGUCGUCCCGAUCCAACUGAACCCGGAGAUCAAGCACCUGGACCUGUCCAACAACCGCGUGGCCAGCAUCCACCUGUCGUUCGGGUUCUACGGUAACCUGGAGACCCUGGACCUGACCUCGAACAACGUGCACACCCUCGGCUCGGACAACUUCGUCUUUCAGAAGAGCCUGCUGGUGCUGAACGUCUCCGGGAACGCGAUCAGGGCGUUGGCCAAGAACUCGUUGCAGGGGAUGGAGCUGCUGAAGGAGCUGAACCUGGCUAGCAACAACAUCUCGGACAUGGACGAGCAGGCGUUCAAGAGCACCAGCGAGCUGGAGGUUCUGAACCUCAGCGACAACUCGAUCACCAGCCUGCCGGACGGUCUGCUGAAGAACCUGCACAAGAUCCGGACGCUCGUGCUGAAGGAGAACUCGUUGCUGGAGGUGCCGACGGACAACCUGGCCCUGGCGCCUAGCCUGGAGAACGUCGAUCUCUCCGACAACCUGAUCCAGGAGCUUGACAGAGACUCGCUGCCCUCUCUGCCGUCGUUGGUCUCGCUGGACCUGGCGAACAACGUGAUCAGGAACAUCGCCGACGACGCGUUCGACCGUCUCCCGGAUCUGCUGCAUCUCAACUUAUCGGGAAACAAUUUAACCUCCGUGCCCACCUCGGCUCUGGCCAGACUGAACGUCCUCUCGAAUCUGAUCCUCAGCCGGAAUCCUCUGGGCGUCCUCGAAGCGGUAGGCUUCCGGAAUCUGUUCGAGCUGAGGAGCCUGGAGCUGAACGACUGCACCAUCGGCAGCGUGCACGCCAGAGCUUUCGCCGACAACGUGAACCUGGAGCGCAUCUCGUUGGACGGGAACCGGGGCCUGAAGGAGCUGCCCGCCAGGGUGCUGUACAGCGCCAGGUAUCUGAAAUGGGUCUCGCUGAGGCGGUGCAGCCUCUCGACCCUCCAGCCCACGCAGUUCCCGGUGGACGGCCUGUCGUUUCUGCGGGUCGGCGGCAACCCUCUGGUCUGCAACUGCUCGGUGCACUGGCUGUGGAACGUGAUCAGGACGGAGGAGCGCAGGAACGAGUCGAGGCUGGAGCUGGACACCCACGACAUCGUCUGCUCCGACGAGGAGUUCGCCGGGAAGCCGUUGAUCGGGCUGUCCGAGGGCUCUUUGCGGUGCCGGCUGAGCCCCCUCUAUUUGUCCCUGUCCGCGGCCGGCUGUCUGGCCGCCACCGCCGCCAUCCUCGUGCUGAUAGCGCACCUGACCAGGUCCAAGAGGAAGAAACGGCUGGCAUACGCCGCGCCCAACCGACCCGAGUUCCUGGUCUACGUCGGCAGGAACAACGACGAGCUGGACAAGAACGCCGAGUCGUACAGCAGGCGGCUGCUGGCCAGGAACGAGGACACCACGCCCUACGACACGCCCCGCGGCAAGAUCGGCCAGCGAAGCCCGCAGUCGCAGGACACGAACAUCUACGAGACACCGAGGUACACCAGGACCAACAAUCGCCGCGAACCGGAGCCCUAUCAGAGGCCCGCCGAAGAGGGCGUCUACGCCGUCGCCGACGUGACGGAUCUCCGGGACGAGCCGCCGGAAGUCCUCUCGCUGUAUCGCAUGCAGAGCCCUCCGCCCUCCGCCCCGCCGCGGUCCAAUCUCCAUCGGGUCGGCUACGGUUACGACUACGACUACGAUUACGAUUACGAACCUCCGCUUCCGGAGAAGCCCCACGUCGUGUUCGUCUGAACCGCGGAAACAACAGGUCCGGCGUCCGAUAAUACUGCUGCUACCGCUGCUGCUGCUGCUGCCGUUGCUGUCGGAGCUUUCGCGUCUCCGGAGGACACCGGCGACGCCGAUCUCUCCUAGACCGCCGAGAAUGGAGCGUAACGAGGGCUCCGCAGACGUUCAAGAUUGCAGGAAGCGUAGAUCGAUAUGUAAUCCGUGUUUCAGCGGGGAUUACCGAAGAAAUUCUGAGCGGCGACCAUCUCUACCGCCUGUAAAUCUGCCGGCGCGACGGAGCGACGGCGCCGAGCCGGCCGCGAGCACGAACAAAAUUGACCGGAGUUCGGAGAGCGGUGUUCUUCUUGCGGAGAUCCUUUGGAAACGGUCCCGGGGCGCGAUCAAAUCCGAUGUUCUUUCGUUGGAAGCGACUACGCCGCGUCGUCUUCGUUACAAUUGUAUCGCGAGCAUCCACUUUUUUUGCAAGGAUAGAACAGUUCGAACCAGCCUCGGGCACAAAAACCGUUUUUGUCUUUUCGCGAGAGACGGAAAAAUUGCUCGUACAGCUCUUCCGAACGGCGAAAAGAUGUAUCGCGCGUUGAUCUCGUGGAAAACUUCAAAAUUGUCCGGAAAGUUUUUACAUUUACUUCGAUCGAAACAGUCUCUUUGUUCUACAGUUUUUUUACAAAAUACAUUCGACAAAUG